CAUUUCCAUUUCCACCUUUGCAAGGUAGUCUCUCAUUAUUUGAGUUUAGGGAAUAGUAGUGCAACGCAUGCUUGGUGUAUGGUAUGCUGUUGAGAAUUAAGGCUUGACAACAGUACAGUAAAAAUUAAACUUAUUUUCGAUGGUCUCGAGAAGGCUUCUAACUGGUCCACCUGAGGUUGCUGUUGGUGAUACAGUCACCUCAUCGGGAUGCAUGAUUGUCGUCUCGAAUCGUCUUCCCUUCGUCUUGCAGAGGGAUGAAGAUGGACGGUUGUUUAGAAAGGCGAGUGCGGGCGGUUUGGUGACCGCCGUUGCGCCCGUUGUUAUUAACGGUGAUGGUUAUUGGGUAGGAUGGCCCGGUGUACAUCUGGAGGAUCACAAUGAGCCCAUUCCCGAGUCGGAUCCUAGUGAUAUCACUCCCACCGCUGGAUUAAAGUCUGAUAAGGUUUGUUUCUAUUUAGUAUUUUGCUCGCAACAUUUUGUGCGAGUGCUGAUACCAAAACAAAAAUCCGUAAACUAG